CCAACCACUUUUUUCUUUCCACUCGACAGUUCACUUACUCACUGACAGUAACCUCAGCCUCCCUUCUGAGUUUAUUGAGUUGAGGCCCACUCUUUUCAGCAGCACCCAUCAUCGCCAAACUCGCGUCUCCUUCGUCGCCUUGCCUUCAGUUCCGUCAGUUCCGUCAGUUCCGUCACUCCCAGUUAUCACCGCUACUAUGAACUUCGCCGGCUUGUCAAGUAACGGUUACAGCAGGCUCAACCAAUACAUGAGCGUCGAAUCUUCCGCCACUGGCGGAAACGGUCUCAACGCGUGCCGCGUUGCUGUGCGCCCGCGCAUCGACAUCGCAGCGGACGCUCAGUCGCUCGCAGCGUGCAUCCCGCUAAUCCACGCCCUCUCUCAGAUCAAGCAGCAGCAGCAGCAGCAGCAGCGGUCCGCGUCGCGUGAAAAUAACGCGUACAGCCCUCGUUUUUCCAGCGUCAGCCACCAGGCGUACGGCAACAGCUCGCACAGCAACGCAGCCGCGCCGGCCGGAGAAAUGCCGAGCUCGUUUCCAUCGACGCCGCAGAAGCGCGCUAAUAGCGAUACCGAGAUUGCUUCUGGCGCCAACGUUCUCCUCGCGCUCCGCAUCGCCGCCGCCGCGUCGUGCGCCGCGGAAGAAAGCACCGACAACAACGCCGCUUCUUCCGCCGCCGCCGACGAUGCGCAACCCUCCAGCUUCCGCCUCUCGCUCCAAUCCCGGAACCACGCCGCGCCCGCGUCGCCCACUCGCGCGUCCAUGGCGGGUCUAGACUUAAACGCCUCCCCCGCCGAGGAACACGACGAAGUGGAGCAGAAAAGCGGCGGAAGCGGGAGCGCCGCCACGUGCGCCGGGUCCGCGGAGGCGGAAAAGCCGCACAAGCGGAAGCGCGGCGGCGGGCAGCAGCCGAUCAAAACGUGCCCCAAGUGCGGAAAGCAGUUCGCGACGGGGCAGGCGCUCGGCGGACACAUGCGGAAGCACUGGGACGGGCCUCUGAACGUUCAAACGAAGCAGCUCUUAGCGCAGAAGGGCAGGAGUGUGAGCGAGGUGUCGGAGCUCGUCAUUGCGGCCCGCGCGGCGAAGCAGAGGAAGGUCAACGGCGAGACAAGUGGCUGCAAGAAUGUGCGGAGCGAGCUCGAUCUCUCGCUCAGCCUAUAGGCGCUAGUAGCAGUUCGUUGUAAUCGUUUUAUUCCCCUUGUUUAUAAGGCCGAGGCCUACAUAUUUACAAGCUUUUUCGCCUUGAUGUGAGUGAGACUCUACC